AUGUCGAUCGUGAGGAGGAGCAACGUAUUCGACCCCUUCUCCUUGGACCUCUGGGCUGACCCCUUCGAAGCCUUUCGUUCCAUCGUCCCGGCAGUCUCCGGCAACAACGAGACGGCCGCGUUUGCCAACGCCCGCGUGGACUGGAAGGAGACCCCCGAAGCCCAUGUCUUCAAGGCGGAUCUCCUCGGCGUGAAGAAGGAGGAGGUCAAGGUGGUGCUCGUCGUCAGCGGCGAGCGCAGCAGGGAGAAGGAGGAUAAGAACGAUAAAUGGCACCACGUCGAGCACAGCAGCGGUAAGUUUGUUCGGCGCUUCCGCCUGCCGGAGAACGCCAAGGUGGAGCAGGUGAAGGCUGGGCUGGAGAACGGCGUGCUCACUAUCACCGUGCCUAAGAGCAUCUCCACCGCUGAAGACAUACGCGACGGGCACAGUCACGCGGCGGAAAAGAAAUCGACGGCCGCAUCGUUCUGGUGA